CUCAUAGACUAGGAAUGACAGAUAACCAUUUGCAGUCUCACUGUCAGCGCCUCGAGUCAAGCGGCAUCAAAAGAGUUCUUCACAGAGCUAUUCCUAGAAUCUUGUUAAAUUCUUGAUACAAAAGGUGAAAUGUCAACAAAAGGGCCAAGCAUUAAACUGAAAAUUGAUCCUCGGGAUCUGCAGAUCCAGACGUUUACAGUGGAGAAAUUAUUGGAGCCAUUGAUAAUUCAGGUUACAACACUAGUGAACUGUCCAGAGAAUCCUUCUAGUAAGAAAAAGGGCCGUUCCAAAAGAGCUCGUGUCUUGCUAGCUUCUGUGGAAGAAGCCACUUGGAAUCUGUUGGACAAAGGGGAAAAAAUUGCCAAGGAAGCAGCUGUUUUUAAAGAGGAACUUCAUGCAGCACUUGCUGAUGUCCAGAAAGAGAGUCAAGCCUUAAAGGUAUCAGCAGAGGCAUUUACCAGUGAUCCCUGCUAUCUGCCUAAGAGGCAGGCUGUUGUCCAAGCAGCACGAUCCCUGCUCACAGCUGUCACAAGGCUUCUAAUUCUUGCGGACAUGGUUGAUGUGGCGUACUUACUGGAACAUUUAACUGUGUUUCAAAGAACAUUUGAAUCUUUAAGAAAUGUGUCCAAUAAAUCUGAUCUACAGAAAACAUACCAGAAGUUUCGAAAAGAUCUAGAAAAUCUUGAUUAUUUGGCCUACAAACGUCAGCAGGAUUUGAAAUCUAGCAAUCAGCGAGACGAAAUUGCUGCAGCACGUGCAUCCCUGAAGGAAAAUUCCCCUCUCCUACAUUCAAUAUGUUCAGCUUGUUUGGAACAUGCAGAUGUUGCAUCCCUUACAGCCAGUAAGGAUUCAAUUUGCAAUGAAAUACAGAACGCUCUCAAUGUAAUUUCUAAUGCUUCCCAAGGAGUUGGAAAUAAAAUAGGACAACCUACAUCUCACACAGCUACUCUUGGAAGUGCACUUGAUGAGCUUGAGAAUUUAAUUAACCUGGAUCCUCUUGUAGUGAAUGAAGAGAAAAUAAGGCCAUCACUAGAGAAACGCCUGGAAACUAUUAUCAGUGGAGCAGCUUUGCUAGCUGAUUCUUCCUGCACGCGUGAUUUUCAUCGAGAACGCAUCAUUGCUGAAUGCAACGCUAUCCAUCAAGCUCUCCAAGACCUGCUUUCUGAAUACAUAAACAAUACUGACAAGAAAGAAAGAAGUAAUGCCUUGAAUGUUGCAAUAGAUAGUAUGUGCAAGAAGACCAGAGACCUCCGCAGACAGCUCCGUAAAGCCAUUAUAGAUCACAUCUCAGACUCCUUCUUAGAUACCACUGUUCCCCUUUUAGUUCUCAUUGAAGCUGCUAAAAAUGGAAGAGAGAAAGAAAUAAAGGAAUACGCUGCUAUAUUUCGAGAACAUACCAGCAGGCUUGUGGAGGUUGCUAAUCUUGCUUGUUCAUUAUCAACAAAUGAAGAUGGAAUGAAAAUUGUCCAAAUGGCAACUAAUCACAUAGAGACUUUGUGCCCACAGGUUAUUAAUGCUGCUUUAGCUCUUGCUGCCAAACCAAAAAGUCAAGUUGUUAAAAACAACAUGGAGAUGUAUAGAAGUACAUGGGAGAAUCACAUCCGUAUUCUUACUGAAGCUGUGGAUGACAUAACAAGUAUUGAUGAUUUUCUUGCUGUAUCAGAAAGCCAUAUUCUUGAGGAUGUGAACAAGUGUAUCAUUGCAUUGAGAGAGCAAAAUGUGGACGAUUUAGAUCGUGCAGCAGGUGCAAUCCGAGGGCGUGCGUCAAGAGUAGCUCAUAUUGUUUCGGGUGAGAUGGACAAUUAUGAACCUGGAGCUUACACUGAAGGAGUCAUGACGAAUGUUCGAUAUUUGACCAAGACUGUGAUUCCAGAGUUUAUUGAUCAAGUAAAUAUUGCAUUGGAGAGCUUGAGCAAGAACACAGUUCAUCUAUUUGAUGAUAACCAGUUUGUGGACAUUUCUAAGAAAGUAUAUGAUACAAUUCAUAACAUCAGAUGCUCAGUCAUGAUGAUUCGGACACCUGAAGAGCUGGAAGAUGUGUCUGACCUUGAAGAAGACCAUGAUGCACGUAGUCGUACAAGUAUUCAGACUGAAGGGAAAACUGACAGGGCCAAGAUGACUCAACUGCCAGAGGCUGAAAAGGAAAAGAUAGCGGAGCAAGUGGCUGACUUCAAAAAAGUCAAGAGUAAGCUUGAUGCAGAGAUUGAAAUAUGGGAUGAUACCAGCAAUGACAUCAUUGUUUUGGCCAAGAGGAUGUGUGUGAUUAUGAUGGAGAUGACUGACUUCACAAGGGGUAGAGGACCACUGAAGAACACAUCUGAUGUAAUUAAUGCAGCAAAAAUGAUUUCAGAGUCCGGAUCAAGGAUGGAUGUCCUAGCACGGCUGAUUGCCAAUCAGUGUCCAGACCAAUCAUGCAAACAGGAUUUGUUGGCUUACCUGGAACAGAUCAAGCUGUACUCCCAUCAACUCAAAAUCUGCAGUCAAGUUAAAGCAGAAAUCCAGAACCUAGGUGGAGAGCUCAUCAUGUCUGCCUUGGAUAGCGUCACUUCACUAAUUCAGGCUGCCAAAAAUUUAAUGAAUGCUGUGGUACAGACAGUGAAGAUGUCUUACAUUGCAUCCACAAAGAUUAUCAAGAUUCAGAGUCCUACUGGCCCACGACAUCCUGUUGUGAUGUGGAGAAUGAAGGCUCCAGAGAAGAAGCCCCUAAUUAAAAGAGAGAAGCCAGAAGAAAUCUAUGCAGCUGUCAGAAAAGGUUCUGCAAAGAAGAGAAUCCAUCCUGUUCAAGUCAUGAGUGAAUUUAGAGGCAGAGAAGUAGUCUAAUAUUCUGCCACGUUUCAUGUUCCUAUCUUGAAUGGAUGAUUUUUUUCAUCUCUUACCCCACUUAUUUAAUAAUUAUAUAUGUUAAUGUUUUGCUUUUCUCUUAAUCUGUAAGAUAACACUUGCUUAAAUUAUUUGAAAAUGCUGUUGGAUUAAUUAGAGGCACGCAGCUGAAAAGAAAUGCCAUUCUCUUGCAGUGACAAACUAUCAUAUCUUUAUACUGGCAUGUUUUCAGCAAAGCACUUUGAGCGAUACAUUAUGGGAUUGUGCUGUAGUUGGAAAGAAGGAUGCAAUGUGUCAACCUGCCCAAAGUCAUACCGCAUCCACUAGGCUCAGCAUUCCUUCACCAGGGACGAAUGCGGCCAAUACUAAACUGCAUGUAUUUUAUGACACAGAGCUUUUUAAACACUGUGUUUCUUGGAUCAGAUCCUUUAUCAGCAUCAUCAAAUCUUGAUGCCAGCUGGGAGUCUGGGCCCUUAACAUGUAUCUAGAUAGAAAGAUCUAAAGAUCUCCCCUCAUCCAAGGCCCAGCCUUGGAAAUGUAAGUUUGAACGUGUUUGAUGAAACACAAAAAGUGUUUUAACAACAUGGAUGUAGUAAUGCAAUAAAAAAGCACUGACUGAAACAUAGCAGUAAUAAUAGCUCUUUAAACACCUUUUGAAACAUUAACAUUAAUCUGCGUUCUGCUCCCUGCUCUAUUCUGUGAGCCUAAUAAAUCUGCUGACUGUUACACUUGGAAGUCCAGAUAAAUCAGAUACUACUAAUAAAAAACUUUUCUAAUCACUGCACAAAAGAACAAAUAUGAAAUAUAUCAUUAUUCUGAGAUCAGUCUGUGAAUGUCUUGACUCUUAGGAAUGAUGAGAUUUUUGCAAGGUAACUGUAGUGAUUUAAAUUACUUUUCUUAUGACAGUAAAGUCCUAAAGGCAGAACUGUGCUGGUAAGUGACUUGCUAAAUGGCUGCACCAUCUCAAAGUGUGUAAUCAAGUUAAGUUCUAUUAGUCUGUGAUCACCACUAGCCUUAUGCAAGAUAUUUAGUGAAAGUAAUUUUUUUCUACAUCUGUUUGAAUCUGAAAUGCACUUGGACUGUUUUUUUUUUUAAAGAGUCUAACUUAACUUAUCUUCCCUGCCACGUCAUUAAGUUUUCCUAGAAUCCAAUUAUUACUCAGGAUGUCUUUGCUUGGCCAUUAAGUAGGUACUUCGGUGUGUUUUUUGAUAUUUGCUAAGGUGAAAGGGUUCCUGCAAAUGCCAGAACUUCAUGAUGUGUCAUUAUGCGGUGGUUCCAGACUGUAGGCUGCUGUUCCAUUAAUUUACAUGUUUUGCACAGCAGUGCACCUACCUAGGGCAAUAUGAACAGCAAAAAUAAUCAUAAACUGUGUUUUUCCUCUUGGGGGCCACUCUGUUUCUGAGCUCAGGACAGUGGAGCAGUACAAUUUCUAGGCUGUUGGUUCAGAAACCCCAUGAAACCUAUAGCGAUCAUGAAUUAAAAAUUUGACAGAUCAUCAUUCCACCUUCAAUAACUUUGUUACCCAUUAAAUGAAACGAAAGGAGAAAUUUGGAAGAAAAAAUGCUUAUUUCUAACUCAAAUUCCUUCCAGCACUUUUACAUCAAGAUCUCAGGAAUGCGUAUAGGUCUUCCCUAGUCUUCUUAGGGCUACAGACAGGGAAGCAGCUAGCAGUUAAGCGGAGCAGGCAGAGGUAUUAUGGAGCAGGUCAUAUAACCUACAUUUCAGUAGGUCUGCUGGCAGACUAAGCAGAGCUGAGAUAAAGAUUCUGUGUGGUACAGCGAUCAAGAGAGUGUACAUUACUGUCAUACCUUAAAGCCAAAAUCUCCAGGUAGUAUUUCACGUUCUGACCCAUCCCCUUAAACUGCCUUCUUCCUCAGCAAGGUACAAGUGGACAUAACCUUGUUUUGGGGAAUAUUACUCUCAAUAAAUUCUUGUCUCCAAGCUACACCUUUGGUAUAGAUCACCUUGACAUCAAAUGUUUGUAACUAAUGUCUUGUUAUCACGUUAUUAAUAAAAAGCAUGUACACCACUGAGAAGACAUCUUUUAGUGUUUCUGGAUUUUUUUUUUUUUUUUAAUGUCUCCUCAUUGGCCUCCAACUCUAGGGAAUACCAGUUCAAAAGCCUGCCAGGUUUGCUUCUAGGACUGCCAGCCUUCUGGCACACUACGUGUACUCUAUCAUUCUGGUUUAAUUGAGAGUUUUUCUAGCAUUAGUAUCACUAAAGCACAGUUUAUUGCUGAAUUUAAUGCUCCUUCCUGCAAUGCUAGCUUUCUUAUCUUGGCCAUGCUCAACAGCCAGUUUGAUUUCAACUUCUAAUACUAUUCCUAUUACAUAGGAAUUUAUUAGGCAAAAACAACCUCUAAAUGAACAAGAAUAUCAAACCCCACUGCUGAUUUUUAAAGACACAAAAGAAUGAUGAGUUAAUUAUAUCUAGGCUUCGUUUUCUUGUCUAAAUUCAAAGCCAAGUGAAAAUAUAUAACAAGGUAAAGUUUAUUCCUGCCUGAGGAGGCAGAUGGAUAAGAAAUAAAUUCUAGAGACUGUGAAAAGCCCAGUGUAUUAGCUCAUUAACCCUAUCAGCAGGUCUGUGAAACAGGGAACAACCACUUCUAUGUCAGUGUUAAUGCCAAAGGAGGAUGUGCUGCCUAGUAAGUUUUACUCAAAAGCAGCUAUUCAAUUCAUCCUGCAAUCUACUUAUUCCUUCCUAGCCCCUAAUUUGGGCAAUAUGAUUUUUUGUUGCUUUGAAUCUAUGUGUGCAUGAUGUCCAUAGCGUAUCAGCAUGUCCUCUGAAAAAUGUGCUUUUAGCUGCAGCUUUGCAAGGCCUUCUCAUCUCUGCAGCUCACAUUAUUUCAUUAGCUUGCCUUGUCCUCUCUUUAUCACCAUAUUUUGGAGCAAAGUACGAUGGACAAUUGAAGGCAAUUUUAUUUAAAAAUAAUCAGUAGAGCAUUAAAAUAUGAGAUUGUAUUUUGUAUUGUUGAAACACAUUAGUACAUUCAAGACCUUUCCACGAAUCCCAAAG